AUGUAUACUGUACAGCAUGUAAGAGAAAAAGACGCCCUCCACACUGGAUCACAUCUACUGCGUCGGAUGCCAUCAAGAUCAGUGUCAGGUUGCACAGGACGCCAUGGAUUUCGAACCAAAAGGACACGUCAACGGCUCACCAUGGAGAUUGUCUCAUGCUCUGCACCCAGCGCCAGGACAGUCUCCACCAACGCCGAUCUUCACGCCCUUCUCGAAGCAGCGGGGCGCAUCAACUACCACGUAUUCGCCUUGCAGGAAACAAAGUCCAGAAAGACAAAUGAGGCAGCUGAGUGA